AACGAAAAAAAAAAUCGUUUAGUAUCUUUUGUCCUAAAGCAAAAAAAGAAAGAAAGAUGGGGUUGAGUCGUUUUGCGAUCACAAAUGCAACAAAGCAGAUACUGAAGCUAAACUCCCUGGCAAGCAGAAACCGAACAUCAUCAUCACUGGAUCAUGUCCCUAAAGGACAUGUGGCAGUGUACGUAGGAGAAGAGAUUGAGAAGGAGAAGAAGAGAUUUGUGGUUCCAAUUUCGUUUCUGAAUCAUCCUUCCUUCAGAGAGUUCCUUAGCCGAGCAGAGGAAGAGUUUGGAUUCAAUCAUCCAAUGGGAGGCUUGACCAUUCCUUGUAGAGAAGAACUGUUUCUUGAUCUCAUUGCUUCUCGGUUACACUAAUGUUAAAAGGGGAAGUUAGAUGCCUCUUAGGAGCAUUGUAUUUAUAAUUUUAUAGAGAUCUUGAAAACUUGUUCUUUAGAUUGAUGAUGUAUCUUUUCCCAUGUAUUUUUUUUUAAUCAUGGAGAAUCUUGAAGUGGAAUUUUACAAUCUCAUAUUUGGUUUAUCUCUAAUAAAGUGACAGACACAAGUUUCUGAAGUCUUUAAAAGAAUCAUUUACCAUUUAUAUAUGAAUAAAUACAAACUUAUAGAGAUAUACAUACCAACUGUUUUGCCAUGCAAUUAACUUCAUGUCACUAUGCAACAUCCUCAUGUGGACAGCAAGAAGAACCAUGCAGGAA